CGGCCGAGCCGUGUGUCUCCUCCUCCGCCGCCGCCAUAUUGUCUGUGUGAGGAGAGGGGAGAGCGGCCACCGCCGCUGCCGCUUCCACCACAGUUUAAAGAAAACAGGUCUGAAACAAGGUCUUAUCCCCAGCUGCUUCUGAACACAGUGACCACCAGAUCUCCAAACAUCAAGUCCACCUUCGUUCGCCAACCUGUCUGACAUGUCGGGACCCGUGCCAAGCAGGGCCAGAGUUUACACAGAUGUUAAUACGCACAGACCCCGAGAGUACUGGGAUUAUGAGUCACACGUGGUGGAGUGGGGUAAUCAAGAUGACUACCAGCUGGUUCGAAAAUUAGGCCGGGGUAAAUACAGUGAAGUAUUUGAAGCCAUCAACAUCACAAAUAAUGAAAAAGUUGUUGUUAAAAUUCUCAAGCCAGUAAAGAAGAAGAAAAUCAAGCGUGAAAUAAAGAUUUUGGAGAAUUUACGAGGCGGUCCCAACAUCAUCACACUGGCAGACAUUGUAAAAGACCCUGUGUCACGAACCCCUGCCUUGGUUUUUGAACACGUAAACAACACAGACUUCAAGCAAUUGUACCAGACGUUAACAGACUAUGAUAUUCGAUUUUACAUGUAUGAGAUUCUGAAGGCCCUGGAUUAUUGUCACAGCAUGGGAAUUAUGCACAGAGAUGUGAAGCCCCAUAAUGUCAUGAUUGAUCAUGAGCACAGAAAGCUACGACUAAUAGACUGGGGUUUGGCUGAGUUUUACCAUCCUGGCCAAGAAUAUAAUGUCAGAGUUGCUUCCCGAUACUUCAAAGGUCCUGAACUACUUGUAGACUAUCAGAUGUACGAUUAUAGUUUGGAUAUGUGGAGUUUGGGUUGUAUGCUGGCAAGUAUGAUCUUCCGGAAGGAGCCAUUUUUCCAUGGACACGAUAAUUAUGAUCAGUUGGUGAGGAUAGCCAAGGUUCUGGGGACGGAAGACUUAUAUGACUAUAUUGACAAAUACAACAUUGAAUUAGAUCCACGUUUCAACGAUAUCUUAGGCAGACACUCCCGUAAGCGAUGGGAACGCUUUGUCCACAGUGAAAACCAGCACCUUGUCAGCCCUGAGGCCUUGGAUUUCUUGGACAAGCUGCUGCGAUAUGAUCACCAGUCACGGCUCACGGCAAGAGAGGCCAUGGAGCACCCCUAUUUCUAUACUGUUGUGAAGGACCAGGCUCGAAUGGGCUCGUCUAGCAUGCCGGGGGGCAGUACGCCUGUCAGCAGCGCCAAUAUGAUGUCAGGGAUUUCUUCAGUGCCAACCCCUUCACCCCUUGGACCUCUGGCAGGCUCACCAGUGAUUGCUGCUGCCAACCCCCUUGGGAUGCCUGUUCCAGCUGCCGCUGGCGCUCAGCAGUAACAGCCCCUUCUGUCUCCUGAUGCCUAAGCAGAGGUGGGGGAGUCUGCGCUCUCCUUGAUGCAGCUUGCGCCUGGCGGGGAGGGGUGAAAUACUUCAGAAGCACCGUGUCUGAACCGUUGCUUGUGGAUUUAUAGUAGUUCAGUCAUAAAAAAAAAAUUAUAAUAGGCUGAUUUUCUUUUUUUUUCUUUUUUUUUUCCUUUUUUGUUUUUAACUCGAACUUUUCAUAACUCAGGGGAUUCCCUGAAAAAUUACCUGCAGGUGGAAUAUUUCACGGACAAAAAUUUUCCCUCCUUUCAAAUUCAGUUUCUCAUCACUAAAGAACAAAGAUGAACCAGCCUCAAUCCCGGCUGCUGCAUUUGGGUGGAGAUAUUUUUCCAUGUCCACCACUGCUCCCCCACCAUCCCACACUAUGGGGGGUUAAUAUCUCAUGCUCUUCUCCAGAGAUUACAAAAAUGUAGCUUCUUCAAGGGAGGUGGGAAGGAAGGAGGAAGCCCAAGCUUAAGGCCAAGCUACGAGAGCAGUGUACUGCUGGUCACUUUUCCUCACUUUACUCCAAGUGCUUCAGUGGGGUUGUCCUGGUGAAUUUAGUGGAAAUAUGUCUUUAUUUCAUUGAGAUGCUGAAAAUCUCCCCAAAGUGCAGACAGGUCCUGAAAACUUUUGUUCAAUAUGAAUCAUGUCUUACUGACCUAACCCUAAAUCCAACUCACUUCUGCUUUUAGUUUCAGUUCUGUUAAUACCUUCCCUCCCGGGCUCCUUGCCUUGGUCCUCUCUCUUUCAUCUCCCCGUGUGCUCUGUAGCUGGUGGGAGGGGAAGGAAAAAUCUUUUCCAGUUUUCUUUGACUUGGCCAUUUUGAAUUCAGUUACUUACUGGGCUUAACUUAUUGCUUUUUACAAAAGAAAAACAUUGUCUGUAUAGGUUUCAUGCUAGCAACUCUUUAAGAGCUAAUGGAAGAUGUGGCCACACCAGGUUUCAUCUUAAGCUUUCUACCUUCUUUUCUUCUUUUUUCCCCUUCCUUCACAUGCCAUCCAGUGAGAAGACCUGCCCCUCAGUCUUGUAAAUGUAUCUGAGAGGUAGGAGCAGAGCCACUAUCUCCAGUGAACCUGAAAUGGUAGACCUGUAAUUGUGGGAAAACUAUGAACUCUCUUGUUACAGCCCUGCCACCCCUUGCUGUGUGUAUAUAUAUAAUACUUUGUCCUUCAUAUGUGAAAGAUCCAGUGUUGGAAUUCUUUGGUGUAAAUAAACGUUUGGUUUUAUUUAUCAAGGUUAGAUUUAAGUUCCCUGUGUAAAGGUCUCGCUGGGUGGGUGUCUCACGUUCACAUCUGAGGGGCCUGCAGCCCUGUACCGUGGAGGCUUCCCAAGGCCCCCAUUUUUAUACACCCCUCAUUUGACCCAUGGUACCGGGCAGGGCAGAGAGGCCUUAAAAAAGCACCACAAGCCAAAGCGUCUCUGGGGAUUAAGGAUCCUUUGCCAUAAAACUCAUUUUGUGUCUCAGCAGUGCAGGGAUUGGGGAUGGAAAAGUCGCCAGUUUUUGUGUGUUUGUGUGUGUGUAAAGUGGAUUUUCCACUGUAAUCCAACCACCUAAGUUUAUCAGGUGCUUCACUGAGGAAGCCUAGUUUUUUAAGCACAAUAGCAAAACCAUCAGCUCUGUAUUUUCUCCUGUUCUUUCAUUACAGUAGCUGCUUGUGGGAACUAGGAAAAAUUCUUCCAACAUAUUUGAAGGCCUAAAGUCUUAGUUCCCUUUUCUCCUACCUUUAUAGAUCAUAAGCCUUUCUCGCCUGGGCGCCAUAGACAAGCGUAAUCGUUUCACGAGUUGAAUUUAAUGAACUUAUCUAACUUUAUAACCCAUCUUGGCUCUAGUAACUUGAUCAAGGUGGUGGCUUUCGUGAAUAUAAUGGUAAACUCUAGAGGAAGCUAAAGCCUCCUUUUAUAAUGCUUCUCAACCAUAGGGAAAACAUUCUGUGUGGCAGGGUGAUUUUCUUUCUUGUGGCCACUUAACAGUGGAUAUUUAUUGUUCUUGAAACCCUUUUAUGCCCUGGAAUGCUGUGGGGGUUACCAUGUUGAAUUUGUGCAGAAGCUAAAAGCACCAGAUGUGCCAGAGUUGCAGUUUGUGAUACGUUUGCACUGGAUUGUGAUUUGAACAGGACACUUACGACUAAUGAAUUCUUCCUUUCGAGGUGGGGAGGAGGGUUGUAAAUCGGGACUUCACAUCCCACCAUUAUAGCUCAGAGAAUCUAGUUGUGUCUGAGGCUGAUGUGGGGAGCUGCAGACAGCUGAACCUCCUAAACACGCAUCAGACCUUGCAGGAGACGGAAAGUGAAUGCAGAGGACUCUGAAAUGCCACCUGAGAGCCUUUUAAAAUAAAUAGAAGUUUUUAAAAUGCUACUUAAGGAGUCACUGCAGAAGCAUGAAAAAAAGAAGACCCAGUUGGGCGGGUGGGUGGGGGGCAAGGGUUUACAGAGUAACAACUUCUGUGUUGUUGUAAAUUACCUCAUCUGUAUACCUUGUAUUGGGACACUUUAUUUCUCAGCACUACCUGUGUCUGCGUUGAUGAGAUGGCAGGAAAUGGAAUGCCAAUAUAAGACAGUUGUGUUGGCAAUUACUCUGAAAGGUUUUUUAAGUAUUUUUUAAUUUUGUUUGAAGUGGUCCCCCCCUUUUUUUUUUAAGUUUGAAGUCAGAAGUUUCCCUUCGCCCCCUUGACUUAUUGGUUGUAAUUGUAUUGUAAUUGGUAUAACAUAAAACAUAACUGUGCUGGGAAGAAGUUGUGCCAUGAAGGUCUUUAAUUUUUUUUUAAAUAAAAACAUUUAAACAAAUGAAAUGUCCCUGCAGCCUGAGCAGUACGCUUCUCCAACCGACACCGUGUGUGAUAGAUGGCUUAGUUCUCAUGUGCUCUGAAUUUAAUACUGGGUUGAUGGAGAUGUGACGUGGGAUGGAUUCAGAUUGGUUGAGGAGCACUGAAGUGGAAGUUUUUGACCUCAAGAGUCAGUGAAGAAAGCAUCGUGUUGUUGCUAAACAGGAUUGGUUUCAUUCCUGCCUUGUCACUUACUUGGCUCCUUGGCAAGUUACUUAACUUGUGAAUCUGUUUCAUCAUCCAUAAAAUGGGGCCACUGCUUUCUUGGGAUUGAAUAAUUGAGAGUAAAUGUCAAGUAUCAGGCACCUGCUAUGCUGUUGAUAACCCUGAUUCCCCAGGCCCCCUGGUAUGGAGGAUUGGUUCUGGGCCUGGACUUUGCAAGUGAUUCACAGUACGAUCCUUCCUCUGGACUUCCUUGUCCUCUUUGUGCUCGGUCAGGGUGUGGUUGGGUGAGGUGUCUUUUCAGUUGCUGUUCAGCUCUAACACUGAUUUUAGAAAGUUUGAGUGGUGCUUACAUGAAGAGGUCCACGGAGACAGCUUUGUUCAAUAGCAGAAAAGAUCGUUGUUGAAUAAAUGGUAGCAAGCCCUGUGGAAGGUCAGCCUUGGAGAUACCUAACCCCUGGAGGCAACUUGCAGAGGCCUGACUUGAAGAUGUUCUGGAGAGCUUAUAGGAACAUAUUUGGCAGCUUAAACAGAAACUGUUCAAAGGGCUGGUAAAAGAAGUGAAAAAGUUCACUUGCUCAUCAGUGCCAAACAAGUAAAUUCUCCAAGAUUAUAUACUUGAAUUGCCAUUUGAUCUUCUCAUUUAACUACAAUUUUUAAAAAUUGAAAUCAAGAGAUGCUAUUAUCUCAAACUUCUAGUUUCCUUUAAAUGUUCAUUGCAUACUAUUUUAGGACAUCUGCUUGUUAUUAAUAUUGGGAGUUCAAAUGUGGUUCAGGUAAGAGGAACUAUUGUGUAAUAUCUUGUAUCAGAAAUGCCUAACUUUCAUGAACUUUAAUUUUACUUCCAUUUUAUACAUGAGACAGGAAGACUAAAUUGCUCGAGUGGGCCUGUUAGAGACAGAGGAAUCUAUUUUGUAAAAUUGUCUUCAGAGUAUGGCUAAUUACCAUAGUCCUAAAAUAGUCAAGAAAAUUGGAGAUUGGUUGGCAGGUUGGGGAAUUUUAAUUUCCUCUCAGUCUUUAAAUUCUGUCUUGCCUCACCUGUUGUCAAGUGUGCUUAUAAUUAGAACUGACCAUUUGAACAUCUCUUGAAAAAUCUAGUUUUUCACCACUGCCUAUAGAUUCCCAUCAGCAGAUUCUCUCCCAAGAUUAGGGUUGGGUUGAGUAUUUGCUCAGCCAUCAGUCCUUGACUACCCCCAGCUGGUAAUCUCCUCCCUUGUGCCUCACCUCUAGGGAUUAUGGCUGAUUGUCCUCAUGGGACGUGCUUGUUAGAGAGGCUGUCUUACCCCAGGGCCUUUCCUACUUGAGGAAAAAGUUAACUGAAAGGUUUUGAAGUAAAGUAGUCCGUGAUUCCCUCCUCAGAAAACAGGUCUAAAAAAUUUGAUCCGAGCAGAUACCCUAUCUCAAGUCCCCUCAGCCUGCUUCCCCCCACAGCCAUCACUACCGCCUUUCCCCUGUCUUGUAACACCUGAACUUUUAUUGUAUUACUGUCUUUCCCCACCCACAGGUGAGCUCCCUGCUGAUGUUCUGUAUCUUACUAAUCUGUGCAUCCUCAUAAAACCUUUUUUUUUUCCUUUGAAAAGUGCACCAAUGUCCCUCAGGAUUGAAGAGGAUUGAAUAGAGUAGCACAUGGAAAAUGCUUAGCACCAUACCAGGCUUAGAGCAGAUGCUCAGUCAGUGGUGAUACCAUCUUCCACUCCAACUUCCACCUUCCCACCCUGCUACACACACAGUAAGUAAUGGAAGUAUUAUUGCACGAAGAGCAUCUCAAGAUCAGAAGACUCCUGCCCUUAAGUUUGCAGCUAUAAUUAUAAGCCAUGGGUCAGACUUAAUUAACAAGAAAAUGUUUACUUAAUGAGCCCUUGGUGAAAUAAAAGUUGCUGAAGACUAAGCAAUGAUUUUGACCAAUUUAGUAGACUUAGAUGCUAACAGCCCUGAUUUCCACCACUUGUAUAUGAUAUGAAAUUCAGACUAUUCUCCAAGUGAAACAGAUGUGUAGAGGAUGUCACAAGGUAGUCUGGUUCUGGAGUCAGUCUUAAUGUAUUCAGGUACUUUGUAGAUUUUGUAUCUUACUAUGAUUCUGUGCUAAAUUGUACCACUUCAGAGAAGUAACCCAGUAGAACUGCAGAUGUACUGGUUCUAAGCAGAGUUCUGUCUGGGUGUGUGGUUUAGGGUCAGUUACUUAACCUCUCAGAAUCUUCACAAGUGAUUUAUUGUGAUAAAUUCAGAUGAAGCCCACUUUGCCCUUUAUUUCCUGAUCAUAUCCUCUUCUCUUCCUCCCUGCCCCAGAUAUUGUAAUACUUUCUUCACCUGUAGAAUUGGGGUCUAAAUACCUGUUUCAUAGGGUGGUGGUUCACAUUUGAUGAUCAGUGUUUGGAAAGUGCCUGGCACACACUACAGUUGGACUAAGUGCUCGUUUCCAUUGUACAGUUGUGCAGAUUCAUAUACAGAAAGAGGAUCUCACAAGUAUAGGGAUCCCACAGGUUGGUGCAUUCAUUCCUACAAUCUCACAGUAGAUGGUGGUAAAAUGUCAUCUUUAAGAAAAAAAAAACCCAUCCAUUAAAUGUGACCGAUUUUCAGUGAUGUAAGUCGUUUCUAAUUUGCAUGAAGGCCAGCAUUGCCUUGUCUGUUCCCACCCCAUCUCACUCAUUCCCUCUAAGAUUGUUAUCACUGUCUCCUUUGAAUUUUUAACUCAUCUACUGAAAACUAAAUAUUCUUGCAGUGUACCAAAUUACACUGCAGAUUUGCCUCCCUGUGGCCAUAAUCACCAGGAUUCUUGGUGGUCUCAGUGUAAUGCCUCCAGAUGGGAGCUAAUAAAAUGGCCAAUCCUUUUCUUGGAGAAGUUCCUGAGGGGAUUGUGUAUUUCUGAGUCAGCUUCAUUCUUACAUCACCUGCUUUGACAGAGUUUUCUUGCCUUCUCUAAUGAGGAAAAAGGAAAAGCAGCAGCAGCUGGUAAGUGGUUUCCUGAUCGCACCCUGUGAGUCAGUCUCAGCUAUAGAUAAACAUUUGUAGACUUACCUAGAAAGGAAGACGGAGGACAUUGCUUUUUUCUGUGUGAACAGUUCUGGGAACUCCACAGUGAAUUUCCUAUGAAGAAGCUUACAUACCCACAGCUCUCCACACAUGCAUACCUUCUUCUGCUCACCAAAUCACAUCCCUCCCUCUCAGGAUUCCUUACACACUCACCUUAUUGACCAGUCUUUCCAGAGUUUGUUUAUAUCAGAUGCCCUUCAGCAAACAUUAUUUGGUGUUUAUGAACCCAGCCCUGUGCUAAACAAUGGAGACUGGUAGAGAUAAGACAUAACCCCAAGCGGAAAUGUGUUCUCGUCAAAUAGAAAAAUGGGAAACAAAACUAUGUAUAUGAGAAACUUUUUAAAA